UCCUUUCCAACAAUACUUCUGAAGCACAGAUAAAAUGGCUUCCUGUCCCAGGGUUUCCUGUAUCCAUGGCAACCUGACUUUAGGCACUUCUUUCUUAGUUUCCUGAGCAAAUUGUUGCAAACCCUGGAGCAAAAAUGUGAGUGCUGUAGUUCACAGCAGUACUGCCUUUGCAUAGGUUUCACAGAUGAGUGUAGCUGGUCAGCUUAUAACAUAGUCCAGGGGACUGCAGACUGCAAAAUAACGGAAAUAAUGAACUUCAGAUUUGGGUGAAGUCAGAGAUGAGUGAGAAGGCCAAAGACAGGGAUAUGUGUGUUCUGCAAAGUUCUCCACUCUGCCCAGGAGCAUUCCUGUAUAUAUUUAAUUGUUUUCUUUUGUUGCUGCUCCAGAAGGAGGCUUUUGGCUGUCCAUCUGCUUGUCAGCUCUGCACAGGGAGACAAGUUAGCUGUCGUAAUGCAGGGCUUUCGAGUAUCCCUUGGAACCUUCCAAAAACAACCAUUCUUGUUUACCUCAGUGGAAAUAAUAUAUCACAUGUUACUCCAAAUGAUCUAAGAGGCCUUCAGAAGCUUGCUGCACUCUACAUGGAUAACUCAAGCAUUUUGUAUGUACACCCAAAAGCUUUUGUGGAAGUCCCCAGACUCAGCUUCUUGCAUCUAAAUAGCAAUAAUAUUAAACGCCUGGAUCCAGGAAUCUUUGAAGGCCUUUCCAAUCUUCAUUGUUUAUACCUUCAGAAUAAUCAAAUAGCUUUUCUUCCCAGAGGAUUAUUUAGUGAUCUUCUUUCUGUUAGAUAUUUAACACUUCAGAGAAAUCGUCUCAGUGUCCUUGGAAGUGGGACUUUCUGGGGCAUGAUAAGUCUCCAGACACUAAACCUAGCGAAUAAUAAGAUUUCACGGAUAUCAGAUUCAGCAUUUCAUCAUCUUGAAAAUCUUGUACAUUUGUUUCUUGAAGGUAACAACUUAGCACUAGUGCCAUCAAAUGCUAUUGGAAAGCUCAAAAAUCUUGAAAAACUUUCUUUGUCUCACAAUCCCAUUGGAUCGAUUCAGCCUUUUGCAUUUAAGGGACUUAACAAGCUUAGAUAUCUGUCUUUGAAAAAUGUCAAGCUAAAAUGUGUUGCUGUAAAUGGAUUUUUUGGAUUAAACAACCUUAGUCAGCUAAUCUUAAGUUAUAAUGAUUUAGAAAAUAUAAAUUCCAGCACUUUUACUUUAUUGAACAAUUUAAUGUAUCUACAGCUAGACAGAAAUAAAAUAGCCAGUAUUGGCGAUGGUGCCUUUGAAAAAUUGGGGCAGUCACUUAAAGUACUCAGUUUAGCAUUUAAUAAUAUCACAGAAUUACACCCUGAAGUGCUCAAGCCCUUAGUAUCUUUAACCCAUCUGCAGGUACAUUCUAAUCCUUGGAACUGCAGCUGCAAAAUGCUUGCAUUACUUAAUUGGCUAGCAUCAUCUUCUGUUUCUGCAAAAAUCCACUGUCAGAAUCCCCAGAGUAUGCGUGGUAGACCUGUGCAUUAUAUGAAGUGGGCUUGGUUUUCAAGCUGCACUGGCCCCACUGCGGGCCCGGGCUCUGCCCCGAGUCUGAGAUCCAUCGGGGUGCAUCACAGCACUGCCACCCUGCUGAUGGCCUGGCAUAAAGGGAACAGGCACAGCACGUUGGAGCAGUUUGUCACUGCAGAAGCUAAGCAUUUUGCUUUCUGGGAAGGAACUACAGCUACAUCUUCUACCCCAUUGCCUUAUGAGGAAUAUGCUGUUGAAAUGCCAUCACAGGCAGUUACAGUGUUAUCAACGUUACCAGUGCAAAUACCAGCAGAAAUCAUACCUACUAAUAGAAAUGUAGAAGAAGAACAGUUGUUUACAACAGAUUCUGCUCCUGUAUUAUUAAAAACAACCUUGAUUUGUACACAACAGGUUGAAAAGCUGAAUCAAGCUUUUGACAUUUUGUUAGCCUUUUUCAUUCUGGCUUGUGCUGUUAUCCUGUUCUUAACCUGUAAAAUUAUUCAGUUUAGGCAGAAACUAAAGGUGCUGGAAAACUCAGGGGAAAAGAGUAUAGAAUAUUAUGGCUUUUAUCAGCCUAGCAGAUACAACAUAACUGACUCAGUGCAGUCUCUAACUCGGAAAUCAGUGGAACAUUCAGAACUGGACCAAAUAAGGCUGCUCAAGCGAACAGCAUCUGAAAGUCAGGCACAGGUGAUCUUGUUUGAACAUUCAUCAUUGUAAUUUAUCUCAUUUGAUUUGCUGUUAACUGUGGUAUGAAAGGUCAAGAAAUCAAGAAUUCAAUUCUGUAGGAAUACCUCCACCAAUUACAAUCAACUGCUUAAUAGAACUGUGGAAAACAGCACAAUUUGGGUUCUGCAUCACCGUUUGCUUACUGAAUGUUUUGAAAUUGAUUAUUUCAUUAUAUGUCAUUUCAAUCUAACAUGGAUAGGUUUAUUAGCCUCAGUCCCUGUUUGUAGUAAUUGUUCAUCCGUGUUCAAGUAUUUAUGCAGUAUAAAGUACACCUUAAUUUAUUUUGCACUACUUAAUGGCAAGCUAAACAUCAGUUCCUAGUAGGAUCAUGAAGCCAUGAAAUCUUGGGGAAUCAGAAAACAGUGUUUUGUAUGUUCACUGUAAUAGAGUUUCUACUCUUCCUCUGUUAAAUAAUGCACAGUGGAAAAAAAGCACAUGUACAACUAGCAUGUUCAAACUCUCGAGUAAGAGAAAAAUUUCAAACUCUACAAAUUCUAUUCAUACGUAUGGCAUAUUGUAAUAUAUAAAGUUGUAUGUUCAGUCUGUAUAAUGAAUAUAUUAAAGUGACUUUUUUAUUAGUGUGUAUCUGUGUCAUUUUAUGAAAUACCCCAAAUUGGAGUUAAGAAAAAGUGAAUUUCUGUUGAAAUUUACCAGAGUUUAACAACCAAAUUUAUUAUGUCUGAGGUAACAGAGCUGGUUAAUUAUUGUCAAUAAAAGAUUAUCAUCUAUGUUAUAUGUGUAGUAAUAUUUUGAGGGACUUUUUAGCUAGGUAAGAGGUACAAAUUGAAGAAAUACACUACACUGUAAAUACAUAAUUCUAAACUAAUGGCUGAAAAAAAAUUAUAUACUUGGUUUAUAUUUGGAGGUAUCAGGUCUAGAUAUGUGUUCUUAGUGAAGGCUUCAUCUUCAAAAUAGGGAUAUUUGCCUAUAUAGUUUGCAUUUAACUUUUUAUUUCUAUUUCAAAUGUUGGUGUCCUGUUGUUGUCAUGUUAUGUCUAGUAUCUUGUACCUUUAUUUUCAGCCUGAACUUCUGCGAUUUUUGUUCUUCUGUUUGUUACUUAAAUAAUUCAAACUUUAUUCAGGAAUUAAAAGUCUUAGAACUAUGUUCCAAAUAGUCCAAUAUUAUAAAGCUUUCAGCCAAUGAGACUUAGUCUUGUAGAAACUGUUUGUCUUGUACAAGCCCUUGCCCUAGAGAUUUCAGCUGUGUUGUUUAUAAGUUACACAGUUUACAGUUAGACUCAAGGAAAAGUGGGGAACAAUGCUUUGAUAGACUUCCCUCCAUGGUGUUGAUUUAAAUUGUGUAGAAGUAUGUUGUGUUCCAGGCCCCAGCCUGGAGCCUGUGGAAUUCUCUGGCUGAGCCAGAGCUGCCCUCAGCAUAUCCCUCCUCUUUCCUGCUGGUGUAGCUCCUGUGCAUAUCCGGGCUGCACAGGUCCCGGUCAUCCUGUUUGUCUAUCUGCAGUUCUUUUCCAGAAGGGAAGAAGCUAUUAUCUGCUACCAGGACAUAUAGAUAUCUUGACUGCACUGAGUGGGUGAGAAUGUGCAAGUGUGACUCCAUUGUUGUUUGUUAUUAGGUAAUGAAAUAAUGCUGUAUUUGACUGUGAUUUACUGUAUCACAGAUCAAAUACUUCUAGAGAAUGCACAAUUCAGUUUCUUGGACAAAAGCUUAAACUAUUUGGUAUUGCUUGAGUAGAAACUAUUUUUUAAAAUGAUUUUCUAACUUAAGAUCAGAUGUUAAAUAUAAUAGGCAAAUACGUUUAAAAAGGGAAAAUACUGGCUGUAAUUUAUGCACUUUUUUUCCAGAGGCUAAUCCACUGCAUUCUCUUCCUCUUUAACCCAUUUUUGUUACUUUGUCUUUCCUACAUAACUCCUUAUGAUAAAUAUGAACUUUGUUUUCACUUAGUAACAACUGCACAAUCAAUGAUUGCACCAGGUUCUGCAAUUUUAUGUGCCAUAUUUCUAAAUUUUUAAUUUUGUGUGGACACCUUCAGAAAUAAUGGACUUCAAAUGCAGUAGAAACUAGUUAAGUUUUUCUUGCUAGAAAUGCUGCUGUGCCUUUGUUACAGAGGAGUUUUGGUAGUGCAGAAAGGUUAAAAACUGAAUAAACCUAAUUCUCAAAGAAAUCCAGCAGGGAAUAGCUCUGUUAUUUUAGGCUCUGGUUUCCACAGCUGUUCUUUACAGAAAGGCAUGAGAGGUUCUUUCUGUAGGUGCAUCUUUUUUCACUGACAAGCUGCUGUGGGAGUUGUUUGCCAGGUGUUUCUCACCCUCUGUAGUGGUGGAACAUGGAAGGAAAUUGGUGUCACAGCUGUUAGUGCAGCAGAGAGUUAGAGCAGUUGAAAGCCAUCCUUUGGAGUGGAGACAUCCUCUAAUAUCCAGCUUGCCAACACAGGGAUUAGAUUAACAGGGCACUGAGAGAUUUCUUAUGCAGUUGUGAGGGAAAUGCCUUUCUUUAGUACUCAGUGUCUUUUGUAUUUAAAUGUUCACACCAGGAAACCAACCCUUUCAUGUACAUGUGUGGUUCAUAUGUGUAUUAAAAUCAUUAGGCAAUACUAUAGAAGACUUAGUUUGAGUCUUUCCUCAUGAAGCAAAGUGGUGCUUCAUGAAGAUGAGGUUUAUGGUCAGUCAUAGGACACCCCUGGAAAGAUUCUUAGCUACUUCUCUGCUUUAGGAGCUCUGUAGAACUGUACAGCUACUAUGAGGUGUGUGUAAUAAUAAUUUACGUCACUUACAGUAUGUGCAGUCAUCUCGAUUUGUCCCACUCCACUUCUUUCCUUGGAUAAUGAGCUAAGAAGAAAGAAUUAAGCUUCCUCAGUAUGUACACUAGUAAAGAUAUGAAAUCAAACUCUUCUUGGUGUUCAUUGCUUCAUCCUGGUGAAUGUAGAAAAGCAAAAAAUGUUUUAUCUUUCAUUUAAUCUCUGAAAAAGUAUUUUUUCUCAUAUAUAGAUUUUUUUUUCUCCUCUGAGGGAUAUGCAAAGUAGAUAUGGGGUCCAUUUUAUUUAAGCACCAUUAAAAAUAUGUCAAGACAUGGUUUGACAAGAUGAUACAGGUUUGUCUACAGUACUUGGCUAUAUAAUUGAAGUAAAAUUGUGAAUUUUCAUGUAAAACCUCAUGAUAGUAAGUUGUGUAGAUAGCUAUAUGAAUUAGAAUUAUAGACUGAAUGGAAAAAAAAAAGCCCUUACCUUUUUCACUUUCAGAACAUAUGAGGUCUGUUUUGUCCUUUGCAAAGCUUGUAUUAUUUUAUCUAAAAACUUAUGCAAACUUUGAAAUAGAAAUUUUGAGAUUUUUCAUAUGGAAGCUGCCCUGAACGCUAAAUGUUGUUUCCUUUAUUGGUAUGGUGAAUUUUAUUAACAGGCAACAUAAAAUAUCCUUUCUCUAAUAAAAAUGUAGUCAUUGUAUCUUUGAAACUGGAUUAUAGAGUGUUUUAGGUCCUAAUUGUGGGCCUUUAGUUUCUGCUGCAUACCAAAAGAGGUUUUUUCUCAAUAAUUUAGGAAGACUGGGUAGAUAUAAAACCAGUUAUAACCUGAUGAUUUUGUUUGUUUCAUUGCUAAUCUGGAUUGUAUGCAAUUCAAGGGGGUAACUGCCUUCCUCCAGGUUGAAGAUUUUGGUAUGAAACAUAUUAACUGUUCUGUUUUGAAAAUUCAUCUGAAUACAGCAUUUGUCUUCUUUGAAUCUGCUCAUAUGACUUCUCUAUUUCUUGAAAUAAGCAGGCUAAUUUUAGUCUCUUUGAAAAGGUAUUACAUUGAGUGGCAUGGCUUGCUUCCUCAUCUGUGAAAAUAAGGCCUGAUGCAUUUUAUUUUGCUACUGAACUUUGAGGUUUCUUUUUUUUGAAGUUUGAGUCUGUGAUGUCUUUAUUUUUCACCAACAUGCGUUUUGUGUUCUAGAAAUAGUUGCACUGUUUAUUGGCUCCAUAUUUGGUAAAUAUUUCAGUGGGUCUUUGGUAGGAAGAAACUGUAUGUCCCAUUUAAAGGGGAAAAAAA